AUGUCCCUGGCUCAGAGGGUCCUACUCACCUGGAUCUUCACCCUGGUCUUUCUCAUCAUGCUGGUGCUCAAACUGGACGGCAAGGUGCAGUGGAAUUGGUUCCUGAUCUUCCUGCCCGCCUGGGUCUUCGACGGCAUUCUUGUGCUUAUGCUGGCGAUUAAGAUGGCGGGUCGCUGCAAGCCGGGCUACGAGGCUCGCCACGGCUCCCCUGACCUGCGGCUGCAUGCCUGGUACCUGACCGCCAUGCUGCUCAAGCUGGCCUUCUGCCUCACAUUGUGCGCCAAGCUGGAGCGCCUCUUCCACCUCCAGCUCAGUUUCGUCUGCAUCCCGCUGUGGGCUGUGCUACUGGGCGCACUUGUGCAGCUUGGACUCAACAUCUUCCCGGACAGGAGAGAGGCGUAA